AUUAACACACUCUUGAAUUGAGAUUCAGAUUGAGCUUGUAUCAACACUUAUUUUUCCCCAUGGCACGCGCUCGAGCGCACUCCAGUGCGGAGGGUCCCAAGGAACCUCACUCGGUGUCCCUGAAAGUAUUGCGUCUGUCGCGUCCGUCUCUAUCCUUCCAACAUCCUCUUCCUACGACGAAUACCCGAAUCCACAGUAAAGCAUCGCUGAGCUAUCCGUCGGACCAGACCGACGACGGGUUCAUUCUCACCCCAAAUGUAACAUUGCCGCCUGCGUUCGGAUCGGCAUACGUCGGGGAGACCUUCGCCUGCACCCUCAGCGCCAACAACGAGCUCGCCGAGGAUGAGGCGUCGCGCAUCGUCAAGUCGGUCCGCAUCGUCGCAGAAAUGCAAACCCCAUCGCAGGUUGCCGCUCUGGAUCUAGAACCCGCAGACGACAUGGACACCAAGGACGGCUUACAACAGGGGCAGUCGUUACAGAAGAUCGUCCGGUUUGAUCUGAAGGAGGAAGGGAACCAUAUCCUGGCCGUCAGCGUCAGCUACACCGAGACGCUGAUCGGAUCGGAUGCACAAGCCGCCAGCGGACGGGUCCGCACAUUCCGGAAGCUCUACCAGUUUGUGGCGCAACCGUGCCUCAGUGUCCGAACGAAAUCGUCCGAGCUGGCGCCUAGGGAAGUCGGGGACAAGUCGCUGGGGCCGUACGGCAAGGCGCGGCUUCUGCGGUUUGCUUUGGAAGCUCAGCUGGAGAACGUGGGGGAUGGGCCUGUCGUCGUGCAGCAAACGAAAAUGAACCCCAAGCCGCCCUUCCAGGCGAUCUCGUUGAACUGGGAGCUCGAGAGGCCGGACGGGACCGAGUCGCAGCUCCCAACGCUGUACCCCCGCGACGUCCUGCAGGUCGCGUUCCUGGUGGAGCAGAAAGAGGGUCAACCGGAAGGGGUGGAAACGUUACAAAAGGACAUGAAACGAGACGGCCGUGCCAUCCUCGGCCAGCUGUCCAUCGAAUGGCGAGGAGCGAUGGGCGAUAAGGGGUUUUUGACGACCGGCAACCUACUCACUCGCCGACGGACAUAAUUCAGCAAACAUGCAAUGUCUUCUUUUUUUUCCAGUGCAAACGAUUCCCCAAUUCGACAUCAAGUCUCCAAUUCGUGACACCCCCUUGUUUUCCUCGAAGUAGUCAAAAGUACAGCCCCACGGGAAAAAAGGGGGGGGGGAAAG